AUGGGGAAGGAAACGCCUAGAAAAAGAAGCAAGGACUUCCAAAGGGUCGAAGUCGAAGCGCUCCUGCAGUUUGUGGCCACUAGGAAACAUGAACUGUUUGGAACUGGAGGAAAGGGGAGCAGCAAAGAAGAAAAGUUGAAAGAAAGAACCUGGAAAAGAGCAACACAUUCGUUAAGAGCAGCUGGUGGCCAAGAAAGAGAAUGGCAUACAUUGAGAAAGAAAUGGCGAGACAUGGCUUCAAAAGCCAAAGCAUAUAAAGCCCCAAGGACAGGUGGUGGACCACCACCAGAGAACAAUGACAUACACGAGCGAGUUUUGGCAAUUUUGGCCAAAGAAGUUGUCAACGGAAUCUUGCCAGAAGAUGAGCAAAAUUCACAGGAUUCAGAGGCUACGGAUCUGAGCUUGUAUAAUGAAGAUGUUUCAGGCCCAAGUGGUUAUCAGUGUCAGCCUCUGCCUCAGCCCCAGCCUCUGCCUCAGCCCCAACCCCAGUCUCUGCCUCAGCCUCAGCCUCGGUCUAUCCAGUCUAAUCAGUCGCGAGAAAUUUUGACACAGAGACCUGCACAGAUCAGGCAAUUAGAAAUUCAGGAGGAGCUGCUGAGAAUACAACAGGCCAAAUUAAUAGUUAAACAGAAGCAAUUACAUGUAAGCGAAUCAAUUUUGGAAGAGCUAAGGAGUAUCCACAAUACCCUAGCAAAUCAACCCUCAGCCAUAGAUCUCCUUAAUUCAACUCAGCAAGGGCGCUAUUAA